CCUGAAAUAUUCCAGCAUCUUCCACUGUUUCAAUUCCCUCUAUUCAGGAAGUUGUAGAUACUUUGUGCUCCUCUUAUCUUUCAAGAAUACAUUGUAGGUAAUUAUUAUGUUUACUUAAUUAGCUCUUUGUUGAUUUGAGCUUAUUUGGUGCAGUCACUGAUGCUUCUGCAGCACACAUUCCAUCAUCUCUUUGAUUUUUUGCUAAUUAAUGGAAGAGUCUGAUCACUUGCUUCCAACCAGUUUUUAAGUACCCUUGAUUAUUUUUUUAAUUGUGUUUUGGGAAUUAAUUUAGAGUUGAAACAUGUCUCAACUAAUUGCAAGACGUAAUAUCACUAAACUGUAUGAAUUAACAAAUACUAAUAUGUACUUAACAUCUGUCCUAGAUACCAGUGUUUGUACCCACACACAGAGGAUGCUGCUACAGGCUGAAAUUAGACGACAGGAACAAUGUAGUUUGUAUCCAAAUUCUGUAUUUCUCUAGUAAAUUUCAAAUCAGCACAAGACAUAGAUCCCAUUCAGAUAUUCAUCUGUUCAGCAUCUUUACCAAAAAGACAAGUUUCUAGAUGACCCUUAUGGCAGCAGAAAUUGAGAUUCUAGCUGACAUUACUAAUUAACAUUGUAUGAGGUUUCUCCAAGUGUGUUGAUGGCCAUAUCCAUCUUUGAGAGAAAAAACCAACCAAACAAAAAACAGCAAACAAACAAACAAAAACCAAAAACUAACAAAGAAACCAAAAAACCACCCCACAGCCCAAAAGCAACCAAACAAAAAAAUCCCCAAAACCAACAAUAUCAAAGAAACACCCACAUGCUUAUAAUUUAUCCUGUUUGUCAUUAAAAUGAUGCAUUAUAAAUUUACCAAGUCAUGCAAACCAGCGUCAUUUCAUAUUCCGAGCACACCAUUAAUUUUCAGAGGCAAAUAUGUGUUUAGAAUCACUAGGUCUGUUCAAACAUUGAAUGCAGUUAUUUUUCAGUAUCUUCUAUGCAUGAAGUUUAGCUACCUUGUUGUAUCAAAAAUCCAGCUGUACUGGCAAGUUAACAAUUUUUUUUUGAAAAAAUCUGGAAGAGCAAAAGGGGAAGGAAAAACCCCAUGUGUUACCUCUGAUGAUUUUAAGACUUACUCAGAAUAUUGUACCUUCAUCAAUGAUUAAAUGACUCCCCCUUUUAAAAUGCAUUGAGCCCUCAUUUUUACGUGGAUAGAUAUUACUACACCAGAAAUUCAACCUCUCACUGAGAAAAAGGGUGAUCAUAAGAAUGGGAAAACAACUCAGAUAAGUAAAACCAAUGCAAACCUUUUGCCAGCUCCUUGGAAAAGAUUGACAAUCUCAAAAUGUAUAAGCACAUAGGGCCUACAUUUCCCAAAAUAAGAAAUGAUGGCAGAUGCUCAGCUGGCACUGACACAUCAGGUGCCACUCUGGGAGGGCAGGUACUCUCUGAAAACUGGGCACUUUUAAUAACAUUGCAAAGAAGGUGCUUAAACACCAAGGUAUCCAAAAAUUUUUUUUGGUUUGCAAAUACGAAUUUUGACUCUUUUUCAAGCUUCUAAUUUUUUCUUCUUUGUAUGUGUCUUUUCCCUGCUCUGUCUGAAAACAGAAAAAGGGGUAGAAAGCACUAUGGAACUAGAAUAUACACAUAUUAAUUGAAUACAUCUGUAUCAGUCAGCAGGUUAAUAUUUAGAUGCCAUUUUGAUUACGUAUUUUCUUUUUUGUUUGGUUGGUUAAGGAUCUUCAGGGGACUUUCAGAAUAUAUGGGCUGGCAUGGAAAGCAAAGUCCGAUUUUAUCAGAUAGAUCUCAAUGCUUCUUAAUACCACAUGUUUUCAUCAGUGUUUUCUCUAUGCCUUGUUAUUUGUAGGCAGCACUUAACACUUUAUAAUUCUUCAGAGAGAGUGCUGACUGUGGCUGAGAAGUCAUCCUGAAGAGUAGGGUCACAGGUAUUUUCCAUUUUAGAUGCACAGGCCCAAAUACCAUACAUACAUGACCAAACUGAUUUUUACUUAGGUACUACAUGAUAGGAAAAGUCAGUCAAAUUGUCAUAUUUUAAAGAAUGAAAGCAAAAUGGUCUGUCUUGCUGACAAAGGCAUCUGCACUUCCCUGUGCUGCAGGGUCUGCACACACUCAUCCCACAAGCAAAGGUGCCUACAGAAAGCUGGAGAGGGAUUUUUUUUUAUAAGGGCAAGUAGGGGUAGAACCAGAGGGAAUGGUUUCAGAAUGAAAGACAGCAGGUUUGGAAUAGAUAUGAGGAAGAAAUUCUGGACUGUGAGAGUGGUGAGGCACAGGCAUGGGCUGCCCAAAGAAGCUAUGGCUGCCCCAUCCCUGGAAAUGUUCAAGGCCCGGUUGGAUGGGGCUCUGAGCAGCCAGGUCUGGUGUGAGAUGUCCCUGCCCAUGGCAGGGGUUGGGACUGGGUGGUUGUUAAGGUCCACUCUGACCCAACCCAUUCUAUGGUUCCGUGUUGCUCCCUGUGCUGGAGGCCGCAGCGCACGGAACCGGCCGCUCUGUGACAUCAGCCCAGGGCUGAGGGUACCGCAGGCGCUGCUGGUGCACGGAGUCCUCGCUCCCACAGCUGACACGAGGCACGGGCAGCAAUGCUGCUGCUCUUCCUCCUCGUCCUGCUGGCCACGUGCAGGCCUGUGCAGGCCGUGUGGAACACCUGCGAUGGGAGCUGUGGCAUCCGGCCCUUGACUUCUGAUGUUGAGCAAGGCAGGACACGCGUCGUGGGUGGCACAGGUGCCGAGGCAGGGGCCUGGCCCUGGAUUGUCAGCAUCCAAGAUCCCUCAGUUUCAGGCACGGGGCAUCUGUGUGGAGGGUCCCUCAUCAGCGUACAGUGGGUCCUUACAGCAGCCCACUGCUUUACCGAAUCCAGGGACAUCAGCACCAUGCGCCUGCUGAUCGGGGCAACCCAGCUGACCAAGCCAGGCCCUGGGGCUGUGGUGCGCCGGAUUAAGCAGCUGCUGAUUCACAAGGAAUACAGUUCUGCUGAUCAGAGCAAUGACAUUGCACUGCUGGAACUGAACAAGCCUGUCCAGUGCAGCCCCUACAUCCAGACGGUCUGUGUGCCCAACGGCACGCUGAGCGUGGCACAGCUGGACACCUGCUACAUCGCUGGCUGGGGUGCCACCACUGCAAGAUCUCAAACAUCAAGUGACAUCCUGCAGGAGGCCAAGGUCCAACUUAUCGGUGUCCAGAUCUGCAACAGCAGCGAGUGGUACGGGGGGGACGUCCACACCCACAACUUGUGUGCUGGCUACCCAGAGGGUGGCAUUGACACCUGUCAGGGUGACAGUGGGGGUCCACUCAUGUGCCAGGAUGAUGAUGCUGACUUCUUCUGGGUCGUCGGUGUAACUAGCUGGGGAAAAGGCUGCGCCAGAGCAAAACGUCCUGGAAUAUACACUUCUGUUCAGCACUUCUAUGAGUGGAUUCUGUUCCAGAUGGAACUGCUUCCACAGGAAGAGUCUUCUCAGGCAUGGAGUUAUACAACUGCCUCAGAACGUUUGAGUCAUAUGAACGCCCCAUGGCCCACUUUUAAGCCAUGGUCGACAAUACUCCCCACUCUUAACCCAUUUCCAAGACCACCUCCCACUCUUAGGCCAUUGCCGACAGCAUUCCCCACUUACAAACCAUUUCCAACCGCGUUCCCCACUCACAGGCCAGUGCCAACAGUGUUCCCCACUCACAGGCCAGUGCCAACAGCAUACCCCACUCAGAUGCCAUGGACAACAGCAUACCCCACUCAGAUGCCAUGGACAACAGCAUACCCCACUCAGAAGCCAUGGACAACGGCAUACCCCACUCAGAAGCCAUGGACAACGGCAUACCCUACUCAGAAGCCAUGGACAACGGCAUACCCCACUCAGAAGCCAUGGACAACGGCAUACCCCACUCAGAAGCCAUGGACAACAGCAUACCCCACUCAAAAGCCAUGGACACAACCGGUGCCCACUCAGAAGCCAGGUUUGAUGCCACCACCAGUGGAAGAGACUAACAACUGCCCAUUUCCACUCAAGAAGCUGAUGGAAUUCUUCACUAAGGUCCGGGAUCUCCUGAGGAAUCUACCAGGAGUUACAGUUUGAGCAGAAGAAUGGACAGGAUCCAGUGCAGGUUGCAUGGGACCGUGGCCUUUUCCUGCUGAGGCAAUGCCUUCUGAUCCAAAGGCUGCCUCAGUGCCGAGGCCUGCUCUGUCCUGCCCUCAUUGCUUCUCUGCAUGUAUGCAAAUGCUAACAUUGGCUUAGUUGCUGAAAUAAAAUUGCCUAUAUUUGCCGUUAACC